GGGGCGGACGCAUUGUGCGCAGGCGCGAAGCACGCUCGUUGCGCUCAGGCCUCCGCGGUCGCUGGCCCCUGCGACCCACUGUCCCUGCGCAGUCAUGGCGGCGGUCAGGGCUCUGGUGGCGCCCAGGCUGGUGGCGGCCUCCGCGUUCGCGCCGCUCCAUGCACUCGCCCCGCGCGCGGCCCUACACAGCUCCGCGCCGCGGCCCCGGGCCAGGGUCGCGCUGGUGCUGUCUGGAUGCGGAGUCUACGACGGGACUGAGCUCCACGAGGCCUCAGCGGUACUGGUUCACUUGAGUCGUGGCGGGGCUGAGGUCCAGAUCUUUGCUCCUGACGUCCCUCAGAUGCACGUGAUUGACCACACCAAGGGGCAGCCUUCUGAGAGCGAGACCAGGAACGUUCUGACGGAGUCUGCAAGGAUCGCCCGCGGCAAGAUCACCGACCUGGCCCGGCUCAGCGCGGCGGAUCACGAUGCUGCCAUCUUCCCUGGAGGCUUCGGAGCCGCCAAAAACCUGAGCACCUUCGCCGUGGACGGAAAAGACUGCAGAGUCCACAAAGACGUGGAGCGCGUCCUGAAGGAGUUCCACGAGGCUGGCAAGCCUAUCGGCUUGUGCUGCAUCGCUCCCGUUCUCGCAGCCAAAGUGCUCCGCGGCGUCGAGGUCACCGUGGGCCACGAGCAGGAGGAAGGCGGCAAGUGGCCCUACGCGGGGACCGCAGAGGCCAUCAAAGCCCUGGGCGCCAAGCACUGUGUGAAGGGAGUGACCGAAGCUCACGUGGACCAGAAGAACAAGGUGGUCACGACCCCGGCCUUCAUGUGCGAGACGGCGCUCCACCACAUCCACGACGGGAUCGGGGCCAUGGUGAAGAAGGUGCUAGAACUCUGUGGGAAGUGACAGCGCCGUGAGCCCCGCCUCCUCCACCAGGUGGAGCUAGUGGCCUGGCUUCCCGUGCUGCCUGCCGUGUGGCAGGAAUUCGAUUCUCUGCUUGCAUCUAUGGGUGCUUUUUGUCUGAAGAGGAAUCCUUGGCUGGGGUCGGCGGACGGCGUUCCUUCCGCUCGGUGGAGGCAGGCAGGGCCCGCGCUGAGCCUGCGGCUGGUACCUGCUUGGUGCCUGCGGGCACGGGGGCGGCUGACAUCCUCCUGUGACAGAGAUUAAAAUGGGACCUGCUCUUUCAGGAGAAGAAUUGGGGCACGACAUCCCACACUCUUAGGUUUGGCCGGCUGUAGGGUCCUUGGUGUCUGGGGGGGAAGAAUUUUUAAGUUUGUGGGUCUGGUAAUUGGGAAACCACGUCACUGAACUUCUUGGUGAUUGAGAACUCUGUAACUUGGAGUAAUGCGUUCAAAAAUGACACGGGGGCUUCAUUUGAGGCCGGGGGAGUUUGCUUUCCCAAAUGGACGCUGGGACGGCCGCGUGUUGGGCCUCCUAAAGCUGGCACGCGGGAGCCCAAACCAGGGCUCUAGCUUUCCAGAGAGGGGGGGAGGGUGUGGCAGCCGGUCUGUGUGGUUGGCCUGCUGGGCGGAGACCGUCGGGUUGGUCCCAGGCCACGAGCAACAAACCGGGCAAAAAUCCGGUGUCGGAUGUACAGAGCAGGGGCAAUAAAGCAUCUUGUAGCCUCACCAGC